UCUCUUUUUCUAAUAUGUAGCUCCUGCUAUUCUUUGGGGUUCUCUAUUCUUACUCUCCUUCUCACUCUCACUCCGCCUUCAGGGUUCCCAUACAAGUCGUCGCGAGAGGGACCAAGGCCACCUCGCCGUCAACGCCUCUAAGACCAAAUCCACCGCAAUGAUGUGCUCGUGCUGAGCUUGCACCAUGUUGCGAGAUCUUCCAAGACCUUGUUUCAAAUGAUUCUCCGGGAGUGAUGAUAAGAAGGAAAGGAGAUAUGAUUUUGAGAACUCCGAAGAUGAAAGAAAAAUGAGAAUUGGAUCUUUGAAGAAAACGCUCAACGCGUCCUCCAAGUUCGAGCAUUUGCUGAAGAAAAAGAGCAGCAUGUGUUAGCUCUGUUUUGAUCGAAGAUGUUUGAAAUUUCUGUCCAACAACAUGUCAUUGAAUUUCAAACUGUGGAUGCUGAAUUUGGUUGAUAUUUUUGAGCUUUUCAGUGUUCUCGGUUUUGAUUUCAAUGUCUUUGGGUACUCAAAUCAAAUUUUGGAAAGGAAAAGAAAGUAGAAGCUAAUAGCUUGGAAGAGUCCUGAUGAUCCAUCUCCUAGUGACUUCUCUUUUGAUAUGGUGCUUAAUAACUACCCUAAAGCAUACGUGAUGAAGGGUGAUCAAAAGUUCUAUCGAAGUGGACCAUGGAAUGGCUUGCAUUCAAGUGGUCACCACAAGUUAAGGCCAACCUCAUUUAUGACUUCAAGUUUGUUUCCAACAAGGAUGAACUUUACUACACAUACAACCUUAAGAACUCAUCUAUGAUCUCAAGGUUGGUGCUAAAUGCAACAAGCUACGUUCGUAAGCAAUAUGUAUGGAACAAAUCAAAGCAAAGAUGGGAGGUGUACACUUUAGUACCACUGGACUUAUGUGACAGCUAUUCCCUUUGUGGAGCUAAUGCAAAUUGUGUAAUUUCAUAUUCACCAGUGUGCCAAUGUUUGCAAGGGUUCAAGUCUAAGUUACCUGAAGAAGGGAGCUCAAUGGAUUGGUCUCACGGAUGCAUCCGCAAUAAGGAAUUAAGGUGUGAGAACAAGAACAAUGAUGGAUUUAACAAAUUGACUUUGCUGAAAAAGUCUGACACUACACAUAGUUGGCUGGAUCAGAUAAUUGGGUUAGAGGAAUGCAAAGCCAAGUGCUUGGAUAACUGUUCUUGUAUGGCUUAUACGAAUUCGGAUAUCAGUGGACAAGGAAGUGGUUGUGCUAUGUGGUUUGGUGAUCUAAUUGAUAUUAGACAGUUUGCAGCUGUAGGCCAGGUGUAUAUGUUCAAAUUGAUGCUUCAGAAUUAGGUAGGAACUUGGCUUUGCAACUAAUUAUUAUUAGUCUUUCUUCAAAUAAAUUUCUUAGCUAGGAUACAUUUUCAUAUGUGAAUAUUCAUGUUACCUUUGCAAAUUUGUGAUCAAAUGAGGGCCACAAGAAGGGAGAUCAAAAGUUAUACCGAAGGGUGAUCAAAUGAGGGCCACGAGAAGGGUUGGAGUCCUAGUGGCAAUAACAGUUUCUUUGGUCGUGGCUGCAGUUGCUGGAAUACUAAUAAUACUUGAGAUCAGACUUCAAUAUCAAAUCAAAUCAAAUCAAAAUAGUGGAAUGCAAGUGGAUGAUAUGGACCUACCAGUUUUUGACCUAUCAACAAUAGCUAAGGCCACUAGCAACUUCACAAUCAAGAACAAAAUUGGAGAAGGUGGUUUUGGAUCUGUAUACAGGGCUUUCAGCAAGCUCAGGACAAGGAUUGACCAAAUUCAAGAACGAAGUAAAAUUGUUUGCAAAAUUCAACACCGCAAUCUUGUAAAGCUUCUUGGAUGUUGCCUUGAAGGAGAGGAAAAAAUGUUGGUUUAUGAGUACAUGCUUAAUGGUAGCUUGGACUCAUUUAUUUUUGAUGAGCAAAGAAGUGGAUCACUGGACUGGUCAAAGCACUUCAACAUUAUAUGUGGAAUUGCCAAGGGCCUUCUCUUUCUUCAUCAGGAUUCUAGACUAAGGAUUAUCCACAAAGAUCUCAAAGCAAGUAAUGUUUUACUUGACAGUGAGUUGAACCCCAAAAUUUCAGAGUUUGGCACGGCUAGAAUUUUCGGUGUAGAUCAGCAAGAAGGAAACACAAAGAGAAUAGUUGGGACAUACGGUUACAUGGCACCAGAAUAUGCAACUGAUGGGCUAUUUUCAGUGAAAUCUGAUGUUUUCAGCUUUGGAGUUUUACUGCUGGAGAUUAUAUUAGGAAAAAGAAGUAGAGAAUAUUACAAUCAGAACCACAACGAAUCUCAUAGGCCAUGUAAGUAAUGAGAGAAAAAUUGUAAACUCAUGUGUCAAAAAUGUGUGUAUCCUUUAAUGUCUUUCAGGCAUGGAAACUAUGGAAAGAAGGAAGACCACUAGAACUGAUAUAUAAAAGCAUAGAAGACUCGAGUUUUCUAUCGCGAAUGUUGCAUUGCAUUCAUGUUAAUCUCUUGUGUUUUCAACAGAAUCCAGAGGACUGGAAUGUCUAGUGUGCUCCUAAUGUUAGUGAGUGAGCUUGAAUUGCCUGAGCCAAGACAGCCAUGAUUCUUUCGAAAAUAUUUAGGUGAAGCAGACUCCUCCAUAAGUAAGCAGCAACUAAGUUCAACAAAUGAAAUAACCAUUACCUUAUUAGAAGCCCGUUGAUACAUUCUUUGCUAGUCACAUUCAUCAUCUACCUUGUAUAGAUGCAUAUUAUAUUGUGUUAGACUCAAGGUUAAGGACUAUAUUCUUUCACUCUUUCUCACCCUUUCUUCCUUCUGUGUGAAGUUGUGACUAAGCAUACUGAUGUUGAAAGAGAACACUAAAAACAGGGUAGCGCGUGAAGAACUGCAAAUAUUAUAUCACAAAAAAAGAAUAAAUUGGCUUCAAAAGUAACCAAUAAAUCAAAUUUGUGGUUUCCUACUUUUUCCAUAUAUACCUUGAAACUGGGUCAGACUCUUGCAUUCAAGUCAAUAAUACCAUGAAUUCUCUUAAGACAAGCUUGUUUGAGAAGAUAUAACAACUUGUUAACAUCAUGUGUUUACUAAAUUACCAUUUUUUAUGUUUCUUUCUUUUCUAGAUGUUAAAAGAACAAAUAAUUAAAAAUCUAGUUGGGUUGUCUUGUUUUCUCUUCUGUGAGUUGUAGCUUUCUAUGCCCCCACCUUUUGGUAUUGCAGUUCCAUCACUAGCUUGCAGAAGUUAAUCUUGUGUUGAAGUUUUAAUUGUCAGUUGUUUGGGAGUAAAACUUCUAGGUGAUUUUUUUUAUUUUUCAGUCUCUUUUCGGGGUGGGGGAGGGUGUUACUUUUUGUCUAUAUAUUCUUGCCUUCUUUUAUUUCACUUGUGAUUGUUCAAUGAAUGUGGUCCCAACUUUGCUAUAUAUAUGUGGUUUCUUGCAACUUGUUUUCUAGAACGUGUUGGUGCUGAAGUGGUGGAAUGUGCUUCUGUCAUUGGUGUGCCUGAUGUCAAGGGGCUGUGCAGCGUAUUGGAAAGCCACUUUAUCAGUAUAGUAUUGCUCUUUUUCAUGAUGAUGGACGACCUGUGGAGGGUAAGGGUGUAUGGAGGAAGCUUCUGGACAGGAUGCAUGAAACGUAUGAUUCUAAAUUGAGUGGGAAGGAUUUUGCGUAUGAUGGUGAGAGGACUUUGUUUACUCUCGGGUCUCUUGCUCGCAACAAGCUUGAAUUUACGGUUGUUCUAGAGGAUGUUAUUGCUACCAG